AUGUUGCUGUUGUUGAAUCGGAAUUCGUGGUGUUGUGAUUGUCCGGGGGUGCUUGCUUCGAAAGGUGGUUGUUGGCGGUUGUUGAGCGAAAGUCAAAGCUUACGGAAUCGAGGGUCAUUGGAGUGGGUGAUGAAUCUGAGUUCAUUGUUGGCUGACUGCGGCAGAGGUCGUAUGUCGUAUGGUCAGACGGUUGGAGGUUCUCGGAGUGACUAUUUUUGCAGACUAUUCGGAAUCAGAAUGCUUCAUAUUCAGGCUACCAUUGAUGUUGCAGGUGGAGCGUCGAUGCAAGUUGAUCGGAGAUUUCUUCCUUCUUACUUCUGUUUCUUUUUGUGUCUAAUUUUGAACUUGAGUUGUUGUUUGUUUUGA